AUGAAAGAAUUUCUGGCAGAUCAAUCGGAAUCGUCGAUUGACGGUAGCAAUAUAGAAAUUACGCAAGUUUCUCUAUUUUGUUUGCAGAUCGCACUUGCAGAAGUUUGGAAAUCAUACGGAAUCCAGCCGGCUGCCGUCAUCGGUCACAGUAUGGGCGAAGUUGCGGCAGCUUAUAUCUCAGGUGCGCUGAGUCUGCGCGAUGCCGUCAAAGUUAUUUUGAUCCGCAGCAGAUUACUGCAAAGUGCCACGCAAAAAGGCGCGAUGGUGGCAAUCGAAUCACCCGUUGAAGAAAUCAUUCCUGAAAUACAGAAAAACAGCGAUCUUUUAGGGAUAGCGGCUUGCAACAGCACAUCGUCAACCGUUGUUUCGGGUGAUGCCGACGCAGUUGCCGAAUUGGCUUCCAAACUUGAGGAACGCGGCAUUAUGUGUCGGCUUCUGCGCACGACGGGCGUUGCGGGGCACAGUCCGCAAGUCAAGCCGCAAAGAGUUUUGUUGGUCGAAGCGUUAAAUGAUCUUCAUCCGCAACCU